AUGGUAUCUUCUAGGUUCCUCAGAUUGAUUCUGUUACUCUCCCUCGUCUCUUCCUCCUUCUCCUACACCGCUUCUCCCUCCAAUUCUACUGCCACAGAUCAAACUCUCCGGCCUCAAGAAGAGCUCAAGAAGCUGAAACUGAUUAGAAAAGAGCUCCUCAAGAUCAACAAACCCGCCAGUUCAGAUGGAGAUACAAUAGAUUGUGUUCCAACUCAUCAACAACCAGCUUUUGAUCAUCCUCUCUUACAUGGACAUAGACCAAUGGAUCCGCCUGAGAUACCUAAAGGAUAUAGCAAAGAUGAUGAAUCAUAUGAAGAUACUCAGCUAUGGAGUUUAUCCGGAGAGACUUGUCCAGAAGGUACGAUUCCGAUAAGAAGAACAACGGAACAAGACAUGUUAAGAGCAAGUUCUGUUCGGAGAUUUGGUCGGAAAAUCAGGCGCGUGAGGAGAGAUUCCACAAGUAACGGACACGAACAUGCGGUGGGGUAUGUAUCCGGGAGACAAUACUACGGAGCAAAAGCGAGUAUAAACGUGUGGUCGCCACGUGUCACUAGCCAAUACGAGUUCAGUCUAUCUCAGAUUUGGGUUAUCGCCGGUUCGUUCACUCACGAUCUUAAUACCAUCGAAGCCGGUUGGCAAAUAAGCCCGGAGCUUUACGGAGAUACUUACCCAAGAUUCUUCACUUAUUGGACGUCUGAUGCAUACCGAACAACGGGUUGCUACAAUUUGUUGUGUUCCGGUUUUGUCCAAACCAACCGUAGAAUUGCUAUCGGAGCUGCGAUUUCUCCUCGAUCUUCUUAUAAAGGUGGACAAUUCGAUAUAAGUUUAUUGAUCUGGAAGGAUCCGAAGCACGGUCACUGGUGGCUACAAUUUGGGUCGGGUGCACUAGUCGGGUACUGGCCAGCGUUUCUAUUCACGCAUCUAAGGCAGCAUGGGAGCAUGGUCCAGUUUGGAGGCGAGAUUGUGAACACCCGACCAGGUGGUUCACACACUUCGACGCAAAUGGGCAGUGGCCAUUUUGCUGGUGAAGGUUUUGGUAAAGCAUCUUAUUUCCGAAAUCUUCAAAUAGUUGACUGGGACAAUACUCUUAUUCCAGUUUCGAAUCUAAAGAUUCUUGCUGAUCAUCCCAAUUGUUAUGAUAUAAGAGGUGGGACGAAUCGUGUGUGGGGUAAUUAUUUUUACUAUGGAGGUCCAGGAAAAAACCCUAGAUGUCCAUGA